AAUACCAAAAUCCCCCGCACAGCCUACUAUCAGUAUGUUUUGUUGUUGUUUUUCCAAAUAAACCUUUAGCCCAGGAAAUGGCCACGAAGCUAAAUGUAAACAUCCGCACUCUGCUGGCCAACUGCGAGGACCUGGCCAAGAGCGAGCACAACUUCUGGCGGCUGCAGAAGUUCAUCAAGUCCUUGGACACAAUGCUCGACGAACUGGAGGCCAUGGACGACCCGCAGAGUGCUCAGCGGAUACCGGGCUACUUGGAACGGUUGAAGGCGUUGAAGGCGGCCACAGGAUACACCCAGCCAGCCGGGGCGGCCAACACAAACUCCUCUUCCCAACGGGAGUUUGGCGAGAAUGCCUUAAAGGAAGUCCGCCAGCUGCAGAACACAAAGCAUCACAAUGAUCUGCGAAAGGAACUAUUACAGGAGGGCGAUGCCCUACGUCGACGCCGAGCCCAGGAUGAGGGCUCAAGUCCCGGCAACACCAGCAUUCCCAGCUCAUCCACUGACUUGACUGAAGCCGCCAAGUAUUACACGAACGCCCAGGAGAAGAUCACGGAGCAUAUGCUGUCGCUGACGCGGAAUCUCAAGGAGCAGACCGAAACGGCCAAUCGUAUCAUCCGCCGGGACACCGAGGUGGUUUCUCGCUCAUCUGGGAUGGCCGAACGCAAUAUUAACUCACUAAGCAAGGAGGCUGACAAGCUGGAGCAGCAUUCGAAGAAGGCCUACAAAUGUUGGCUCUGGCUAAUGAUUGUCUUUGUAAUUGUCACAUUUAUAGGCAUGGUUCUCUUUAUGAAGAUUAUGAAAAAGAAGAAAACGUAG